AUGGAGGCCGGGGCCGCGCUGGGCCGGCGGCUGCUGUGGGCGCUGCCCGCGUACGCGGCAGGGCUGCUGGGGCUGCGCGCGCCCGCGCUGCUGCUCGCGCUCGCGCUCUACGCGGGCUGGCGCCGGCGGCGGCGCGCACGGGAGCGCGCGCUGAGCGCGGCCGCGCGCCUGCAGCGGGACGAGGAGGCCGCGGUGCGCGCGGCCGCCAAGCGGCUGGGGCUGAGCAAUGGGGAGCUCCCGGCCUGGGUCAGCUUCCCGGAUGUGGAGAGAGCAGAAUGGCUCAACAAGGUGCUGGCUCAGGCCUGGCCGUUCUUCGGGCAGUUCAUGGAGAAGCUGCUGCAGGCUCAGGUGGCUCCGGCCAUCAGGGCCUCCAGCCCCCACCUGCAGAGCUUCACCUUCACCAGGGUGGACAUGGGCGAGAAGCCCCUCCGUGUCCUGGGGAUCUGCUCUCAUCCCGGUGCCCAUAAGAAGCAAAUCCUCUUGGAUCUCAACAUCAGCUACGUUGGGGACAUCUGCAUUGACGUGGAGGUGAAGAAGUUCUUCUGCAAGGCAGGGGUCAAGGGGAUGCAGCUCCAUGGGACGCUGCGGAUCAUCCUGGAGCCGCUCCUUGGGGAUGUGCCCAUUGUGGGGGCUCUUUCCAUGUUCUUUAUCCGGCGCCCGACCUUGGACAUCAAUUGGACGGGGAUGACGAACCUGCUGGACAUCCCUGGCCUCAGCUCGCUCUCAGACGCGGUGCUCAUGGACGCCAUUGCCUCCUUCCUGGUGCUGCCCAACCGGCUCCUGGUGCCGCUGGUGCCCGACCUGCCCGAGGCGGCCGAGCUGCGGAGCCCAGUGCCGAGGGGGGCGCUCCGGGUUCAGCUCCGCGCCGCGCGGGGGCUGCGCUCCAAGGACCGGUUCCUGGGGGGGCUGCUGGAGUCGCGCUCGGACCCGUACGCGGAGCUGCGCGUGGGCACGCAGGGAGUGCGCAGCCGCGUGGUGCGCAGCGACCUGGACCCGGUGUGGGACGAGCUGCACGAGUUUGUGGUGCACGAGGUGCCAGGGCAGGAGCUGGAGGUGGAGAUCUUCGACAAGGACCCAGACCAGGACGACUUCUUGGGCAGGCUGAAGCUGGACCUGGAGGAUGUGAUGAAGCGCCGCGUGCUGGAGGAUUGGUUCCCUCUGCAGGAGGGGGGGCAGGGCCGGCUCCACCUGCGCCUGGAGUGGCUCCGCCCCCUGGCGGAUGCGUCCAAGCUGGAGGAGGUGCUGGAGAGGAACCGGAUGAUCCAGGGCAAACCCGACCCCCCCUCGGCCGCCAUCCUCAUGGUGUACCUGGAGCGGGCGGAGGAGCUGCCGCUGCGGCCCCCAGGCCGUGUCCCCAGCCCCAUGGUGCAGAUCUCGGUGCAGGACGUGACCAUGGAGAGCAAGGUGGUUCCCAGCUCCACAGCCCCAGUGUGGGAAGCUGCUUUCCGGUUCUUCCUGCACGAUCCCAGGAGCCAGGAGGUGGAAUUCCAGGUCCGGGACGAUUCCCGUCAGUCACCACUGGGGGCGCUGUCGCUGCCGCUCUCGCAGCUGCUGGAGGCUCCAGGGCUCAGCCUGGGCGGGGCCUUCCCCCUCCAGGGGGCGGGGCCAAAGAGCUGCCUGCACCUGAAGCUGGUGCUGAGGGUUCUGUUCCUUGAUGCCCCCGAGGACGCUGUUCCCUCCACUCCCUCCCCGGAGCCCUCGGGCAGUGCUGCCCCCCCCCGGCCCCCCCACGCCAGCCCCGGCCCCGACUUUGGAACUGAGCACGUGCUGCGCGUGCACCUGCUGGAGGCGGAGGCGCUGGUGGCCAAGGACCGCUUCCUGCGGGGGGCGCUGCGGGGCCGCUCCGACCCCUACGUGCGCGUGCGCGCCGCGGGAGCGCGCUUCCGGAGCCGCGUCAUGCGCGAGGAGCUCAACCCGCGCUGGAACGAGGCCUACGAGGCCAUCGUCACGGACAUCCCAGGCCAGGACGUGGAGUUCGAGCUCUUUGACAAGGACCUGGAUGAGGAUGAUUUCCUGGGCCGGUGCAAGGUGCCGCUGCAGCAGGUGCUGAGCAGCCGCGUCGUGGAUGAGUGGCUGCCUCUGGAGGGGGUCAAAUCCGGGCGGCUCCACGUGAAGCUCGAGAGCCUGAGCCCCAGCACCAGCCCCGCGAUGCUGCCGCAGGUCCUGCACAUCAACAGCCUCCUGCAGCCCCCCCACAACGAGGAGCUCUCGGCUGCCCUGCUCUCGGUGUUCCUGGACCGAGCUUCCGAGCUCCCGCUCCGGAAGGGCUCCAAGCCCCCGUCUGCCUUCGCCGUCCUCUCCGUGCGCGACGUCUCCUUUAAGACCAAGCCCUGCGCCCCCAGCACCGCCCCCAUAUGGGAUGAAGGCUUCUCCUUCCUCAUCAAGCGGCCUCAUGCGGAGUCCUUGGAGCUGCAGGUGAAGGACGAGGGGGGGCAGCCCCUGGGGGCCCUGAGCCUGCCCCUGCCCCAGCUCCUGGCCUCCGAGGGGCUGAGCCUCGAUGCUUGGUUCCCCCUGGCUGGGGGGGGGCCCAACAGCCAGGUCCUGCUGCGGGCACAGCUGCGGGUGCUGGUGUCCCUGCAGGCAGAGGCCAGCGCGGGGGGGUCCUCUGACCCCCAACCCAUGGAAGAGCCUGCGGGGGGGGGCGAGCAGAGCAGCCCGGGGGGGCUGCGCCAGCGCCUGCCCCCCACAGACAGCCCCCCCACUGCCGAGGCAGGACUGGGCCAGGUGCAGCUCUCGCUCUGGUACCACCGGGAUGGGCACAAGCUCGUGGCCAUCGUGCACGGAUGCAGGAGCCUGAGGCCGCAGGGGAAGGAGCUCCCGGAUCCAUACGUGUCCCUGCUGCUGCUCCCGGAGCGCGGCCGCUCCAAGAGGAAAACGGGAACACAGAGGAGGACCCUGGACCCCGACUUCAAUGAGAGGUUCGAGUGGGACCUGUCCCUGGAGGAAGCCUCCCAGCGCAGGCUUGAGGCUCGGGUCAAAUCCUGCCCAUCCUUCAUGGCCCGGGACAAGGAGGUGCUGGGCAAGCUCUGCCUGGACCUGGCCCAAGUGGAUCUCUCCGAGGGGGGGCCCCAUUGGUACAACCUGCAGGAUGCUCGGAGCAGCCCCUAAAGCCCCCCCCAUAUCCCGCUGUGCCUGGGGGGCAGUAGGAGCAGGGGUCCUGGACCCCCCCAUUGCCCUGCUGCCCCCCCCACUGCCUGCAUUGCACUGACCAAAGACGCUCUGGCUGGGGGGGGGUCAGGAUGAGCCCCCCCCCACACACACCUCCCAUAGACUGUUAUGGACCUCGUGCCUUCUGCCCACCCAGAGGGGCCCCCCCCUCUGGACGCGCUCUCAUUCGAUGCCAGCGCUGUGCCCCCCCCACUGCAUCCAAUGUGCCCCCCCCAUAGCGCUAAUAAAGGAUGGAGGCGAUGA